AUGGAGCAACAUGGUGGAGGGGAAAAUGUUGUGUUUUGCUUGAUCGAUUUUUUCAAGACACCUUCAUCAUCAUCAUCGGAAUCAAACAAUAAUUCAUCACCAUUACAAAAUUAUUUAAAACAAAAAUUUAGAGAACCAACCAAGAUGGAAUAUUCUGGUCGAUUUAUUAUAGAAAAGAUCAUUGAUUUUGAAAAUACUUUUUAUAAUUUUGUAAUUGUAAGAGAGUACAAUUUAUUAAUGAUUAUAUUUGGUAAUGGAGAAGUGAAAUUUUUGGAUUUGGAUUCGUAUAUUGUGGUUCUUUCUCUUAAUGUUGGCAAAGGGUUGAAAACUGUAACUUUGGAAAGAGCAAUACCUUCUCAAUUGAGUGUUAUACUUGGAGCUUCAAAUGACAUUCUUCUCAAGUACGAUUUAAAGAAAAUAUUGGAGGAAAAGCUUACAAAUGAUUCACUUUCAACAGCUCUAAUUUGGGAAAAAACAAUUGAUUGUGAAUUUCUUUGGGGAAUUGGCUCGAUGGAAAAUCAGAUAUUUGUAAUAGAUUAUAAUAAUGAUGCUAUUCGUGUCUAUGAUUCAAAAACUGGAGACAGUGUGUUGAGAAUUUUGCCUGGAUUUAAUAAUUUAGUUGACCUAAAGUUUUUACCAAAUGGUGAUUUGAUUGCUUGUGGAAAUAAGUUUGUUGGACUAUUUAAAAAAGAUGAGAAUGGAGAAUGGAAAGUACACAAAAAAGUUCACUCAACUGAAAAUGAACUUAAUCGAUGUUUUGCAAUCUAUUAUGAAGAGAAAUCAGAAAAGAUUUAUAUCAGUGAUGCUGAUGGUAGUGUUUGUGUGUUUUCAAAAGAUUUAGUACAGCUCUCAAAACACAAGCUUGAAGAAUUUAAUGAUAAUUAUUGCCUAGUCGUUAAUGAAAAGAAUGGGAAAAUGUUAAUUUCCAAUUCUGGUAAAAUGCAAUUACUAAUCCUGAAUUAA